AUGCCGACUCCAGCCUCGGCCGCAUCACCACAAUUUACACGUCUAGCAAACAUUUGGAAACUAUUGUCCCUACGCAGCGACGUCGAUAAUAUAAUAUUGGAACUGGUGGGGCAGUUUUCUCUCGAAAAAGUAUAUUCUGAUGGCGAUAAGGAAACCUAUCAAAAUCUGGUGAUAACUCUAUUUGCUCAACUCAACGCCAUUUUUUAUAUUCAACGUCUUUCUAUUCCAUCUGCGAAGCUUCAAAAAGAUGGAUGGCAUUUCGGAUUCCUGGCUAGCUGGGAGGUAACUCUGCGAAUGAUCGAAUUUGUCUUGCACAUAGUUAUCGAAGGUCGAGAGAGUUUAUGGGAGUCGCGACGAUUGAGAGACAAGUACUUGGCCGAGCUGUUAUUAUCUGCGCUGCGUGUCCUCCAGCUAUUACCACAACCACAAUCCGACGGACAAUAUCAAUCGAAAAUCGAAAUGCAAAGAAAGAUUCGUCGAGAUAGAUUCGGGCGCAUUCAUCGUUCACUGGAACAUGUGUUUGAUAGUUAUCCAGGGCCGAAAUCAUUUUUGUUGUUGGUUUGCAAAGAAAUAACUGAAUCAUUGCGGGGUUCCGAGCCUAACCCACUAGCUUUACCCUCUAAAUUAAGGGAUGAACUACCAAAUUUAGCAGAAGAAUUGUAUCCAUUGAACGAUUGUUUCUCGACAAAAUAUGUAUCUACUCUUAUACUUGCAGAUGGUUCAGGAGGAGGAGGAGGAGGAGGUAGUGCGGGAGGUGGAUGGCUCGCACAGUUCCUUGCACUUCGAGACAUUACUCAAUUCGUCGUCGCAGCUUCGAUUCAAUAUACGAUGAAUGGAGAAACUCGCGAUGCAUAUCUUCCAGCAGCAUCAGAACGAACGAGGAAUGCAGUUCUACGAGCGAUUGAGAAUAUGCGGAUACCGACACGAUUCUCUAAAGAAGAUUUGGUCGGUACCUUUACUGAUCAAUAUCGAAUCGUCCUUCCAGAUACACCAGACUUGAGGAGACAGUCGAUGCAGAUAGAAAUAGAUGAUAAGGAAUUGGAUGCAAUAGAUGCACUAUGUCUACGACUUAAUGAUCGCCAAAUCAUAAGUCGUGUGAGUGAUAGGGAGAUGAUGCAUACUAUAUCUGAGAUAACGAAAAGGAUUCUUGCUCUUGAUGAUCCAAGCCGGCAUGCCAAAUCGUCAAGACCGAGAAUAUAUACGCUCAAUUGCUCCAAAUGUCAUUUAGCCGGUGCCUCACAGAUGAGAUACCUAGAGAAUCUGAAAUUUCCGCAUGCUGACGAUGAUCUCUAUGCUCAGUUGGAAAACCCAGAUAUAAAUGAGGUUAGACUACCCUCACAGACAAAAUGCGUUCAAUGCGAAGAACCAGUUACAAUAAUGCGUGAGAUGGCGCUUGCAAGGCAAGUUUGGGAUCUUCUUGAGCCAUUUGAAUCUCAUGCAGAUGCUAUGCAUUUGGAACGACAUGUUCCAACAUACUUCCAGCUUCCACCGCCGAAAAUGGAUGGAGCAGUCCCUUAUCAUCCAGCUUACGGUAAUUCAAGUGCAAGCAAUAUGAAGAUGCGCACAUAUGAUACUGAACCACCUUCACCCUUUCACAACAAGACAACUUUCAUCUCUGCAGCUGCUCAAGAUCGGUCCAGGUCUCUGCCUCAUACUAUGCCGUCUCAAGUAUCGCCUACUGUUGGUACUUUCAGCCAAAGAUUAGACACCCCCCUUACCCUACCUUCUUCCUCUUCUGAUUUGGUAUCACUGGAUGGUUCGAGGUCAGGUGAAACCUCGAGAAUACCAGAGCUUCGGAAGAAUUCUACUACUACAGACGAGACACCAUUUUCUCCAGAUUCCGUUGGCAAUACUUCACCAAAUGAUCAUACCCCUUAUGGAAUGAACUCUGAUGGCGGAACUUAUUUUGUGAACCGACCAACAAUUGGCCAGAGUCAUUCUGAUAGAAAAAAGUCAAAAGGUGGAUCCAAAUGGACAUCGGUCUUCACUGGAACGCGAAAGGAGUCUGUUCCAGGACAGUCCAUCGAAACUACAUCACUCUCUUCAUCAGCACUGGAGGCUCAAAGACUAGAUGAAAUAAAUUUAGAAAGCUUAGUUCGAGUACCUAGAAAGACGUCGAAAAGCAAAAGCGCUAAAGCAAUCAACAUCUCUUUGUCGCAAAACUCAACGAAUGGUCUAUUCUGGACUCAAUCCUUAAUACAAAUUUGGGACAUGGGAGCAUCCCCUCCCGCGAUGACCCGUGUAUUCCCAACAGAGAGUAGCUGUUAUAAGGCAUCUGUAACCAAAAUGUAUUUAGCUUAUAUAAUUGGCACCCGAGAUCCAAAGCUUACACUUAGAAUAGUCAAUUUACAAACAUCAGCUCCGGUUGUAGAGUAUCCUUUACCCCCAAAUCUUUGGGCAAGCAGCAUAGCUAUUUCCCCUAACGAAAGCACAGUCGUAGUAGGAUUUACAAACGCGACAGUCUAUUUUUUCAAGACCACCCAAUCAUCCGAACCCAGAGAAGAUCGCCUUCAUAGUCGCAUACAUAACGAAUGCGAAGACUGUCCGGAGGUAGAAACCCUCUCCUACUCAGACGAUGGAAUGCAUCUUCUGGCCAGUACCCGAAGUGUCAAAAGCGGAGCAAUCCAAAUAUAUUUUUGGAUGACUCCAAUGCAAUCGUCACAAGAACUAAUCUCUUGUAGAUAUCAUGUUCCAUUACAUGAGUCAGAAGACAGAGGCCUCUCGUCAGCUAUUUUCCGCUCAAGAACAGGUAUCGAAGAAGUUUUGGUGUGUAUAACAACUUGGACACAAUCCGGUGUUCCAGUCCUCGUUCAUCCUAAAACAGGUCAAAAAACGGAUAUCAGAACCGCGCCUAAUCGAUCUGGAAAGUUGGGAAGUCGUAUCCAAUGCGCCAGUUUCUCUCCGUCCGGAAAAGAACUGGCUAUGGUUAACGAAAAGGGGCAUUUAUACUUGAUUUCCGCUUUAAAUUCCAGUCCGUUAGAUAUUAGAAAGAUAGCGGUUUCAAGAGAACUUACUAUCAAAUCUGAUUCAUUCGCGAUGGCGUUUAUGUCAUUGCCAGAUGAGGAGGCCGCGAUUGUUAUGGCAUGGAUUGACCCUUCGAAGGCGGAGAGGGGAGUGGUUAGGAAAAUUCCUUUGACUAGUAACGAUACAACUACUACGUCACCCAUCCUCCACAAAUCAGAAGUCAACUCUGCAACUUCUGCACCCAAUACAUAUAUGUCGGGUGCAAUAAAUGAAUUACCGGGAGACUCAAUACCAACUGAAAUGGUGGCUGAUGAAGAGCCGAUCACAAAAUAUAGGAUGAUGGGAUUUGUAAAGUUCCCGAGGAAAUAG